AUGGCACCGACCAAAGGCUCUGCCAAAGGCGCCUCUUCUGGAGGUGGAUCAUCUUCUAAGCCCUUGUCCUCAGGCUCGCGCGUGAGCAAAUCCAGCAAGAAUAAUGUGAAGCGACCUCCGCCAAAAGAAGUCAAGAACAAGGCUCGCACGGAGCGGGAAAAUCUUUCGAAGAAAAAGAAGCGUGUCUAUAGCGAGGCAGAGCUGAAUCUCCCUGAAUUAAACACAAUCACACCAGUUGGCGUUGUGAAACCCAAGGGCAAGAAGAAGGGAAAGACCUUUGUGGACGAUAAGGAGGGUAUGAUGACCAUUCUCGCUAUGGUCAACGCGGAGAAGGAGGGCCAGAUCGAGUCAAAGAUGAUGAAGGCGCGCCAACUUGAGGAAAUCCGAGAGGCCCGGAAGAAGGAAAUGGAAGCGCGCCAGGCGGAGAAGAAAUCAAAGCUUGAGGCUGCUAAGGACUCAAUUCGCAACAAGAAGAAGGGUAAGGGCGUUGACAAGUCGGAACCUGCAACAAACGGGUCGGCAAAGUCGAAGCCCAAGCGCAAAAGUGUUGCAUUCGCAUAA